AUGAAACAAAUAGUGAUAAAUUUCUCUGAUCUCAAUGAUGAGGCCAAGAAAAAGUACAUAAAAUUUUUGGCAGAAAACAACAUUAGUGUUGAGAAUCAAUAUCAAUAAUUAAAGAAAUCUUCAUUACCUUAAUAACAACGCUCAAGAUAAUAUAGUACAUUAUGUGAUAUAGGGAAUAACAAAGCUUUUACACCUGCAAGUAAUUGAUUUUAUUUAAGUAGAAAGAGUCGUAAAAAUAAGUUAUUCAACACAUUAAGACAGAACAUUCAGUUGGAGCCAAAUUCAGUGAUUUGGAAGAGACUUAUCCUAAAAUAAUGAGCAAAAUAUAAAAUAAAGACUUAUUAUCAAGACCUUUAAAAUUAAACUUCAAUGAGCUUAGUCUAUUAAUAGAGGAAAUAUAUUAAAAAAAGUUUAUUGAAGAUUCUAAUCAAAUAGCAAAAAAUUAGAAAGUUCAAGAAAUAGCUUUUGUAGAUUAUGUCUAUGAAUUCCUAUAAAAUAAAUUUAAGCAUUCUAAAAAUUAAGUAGAAUUAGAUAUAUAUUAGUAGUAAAUAAUAAACUUUUUAGCUUCUGUAGAUUUGCACUCCUUAAAAAGAAAAGAUGUUAAUAUGUUUUAACAAUUUUUAAAAUUCAAUAAGUAAGAAGUGUUAACUUUUUAUUUAUUUACAAGGGCAGUAAUACAAAAAGAACUAAAAUAAUCAUUUUAUCAUCGUAAUAUAUAUUAGUUAUAUAAUUAUUAAAGCACUAAGAAAGUAAGGAAUAGAUAGUAAUUAAUUGCAAUUGAAUUAAAAGUAAAUUCAAUAGAUUUCUUUACUUUUAUUUGGUUCUACAGAGAAACAUUAAGAAUUUAAGAAUUUCUUUUCUGGGAAUAGUAGUAUAUCAGUAAGUGAAUUUUCAUUUAUUGCUAUUGUAAUUUAUGAAGCCCAACAUUAAACAAAUAAAUAAAGACCAUUUUAAUAAUAAUAAUCAAGAUCAUUAUCUCCAGUUUAAUUUACUAGUAAUAUAGAGACUUUAGAAUAAAAAUAACCAGAUUCCCCUUUAUUUAUGUAAUCAGAGAUAAGUUCUGAUAAUAUUAUAUAAUAAAAUGAAAACUUCUUUUCUUCUGUAAAUUAGAAGGGUAGUAAUCAAAAGAAAUAAUAAUGGAAAGUAUAAAUAAAGUUUGAUCGAGUACCGAAUGCUGUAAAUAAUGUUCAAAAAUUAAUUAAUGAAAAAUUAGAAACAAAAUUAUCUGAUUUUAUUGAAGAGAUGCUUUCAGAAAUGGAAGACUUGACUGAUGAAUAGAAAAAAGAAUGUGUUAGUGGAAUAGAAGAAAGGAUUGUAGAUACAGUUGCUAUUUUAUUAGAUGCAAUUUAUAAAUUUGAUAAGUUAUUAUGGUAUAUAAGAUUAAAUUUUAUAAAGGUUUAAGAAAUUGAAUAAAUAGCCAGAUGAAGUUGGAUUAGAGUAUAUAGAAAAUUUAUAAAAACUAUAUAGAACUUUAGUGAAGGCAAAAUAACCUUUAGAUGAUUAAUUAGAAUAGCUAUGUUAAUAGAUGAUGCAAGUAAUUAUUAAAUUAAAUAAUACAAAGACUCCAGAUUUGGCGAAAUAAAUAGGAAAUGAAUUAUUAUUAUACUUUUAUAAUUGUGAAUGA